AUGUCUUCUCAGCCAACAACACCUAAUCCAACACAUAUUCAAUCUUCAACUACGAUUCAUCAUUCACCUUUAUUUAAAUCACCCAAGUUAGAAAAUAAUCCGAUUUCAUUGCCCCUGGAAAAGAAUACAGUUACACAAAAUAAUUCUAUUGUUACCAACUGUACUACUCAUGACUCGGUUUCAAAUCAACAAAUAUAUCCCUCUUUUGCUCCAACAAAAUACAAUCAAAACAUUAUUUCUAUGGACAGACGUUCUAUAAUUGAUGUUCAGCUUCAUACAAGAAUAGAUCGGGGAUUCUUUUUAGCAGAUAAUGAUUGGACAUGUUAUCGUCGCAAUUAUUUUCAAGUCAGUGGUACGUUCUCUCUGGAUGGUGUUAGUAUUCUUUAUGAGGGACAAGAAUUACCUUGUCUUGUUCGUCUUGAUAAUCAUUUUGAAGAAGUUGAAUGUUUUAUGUUGGGUAUUCAUGCACGUCUUGCUACACAAGAACAAUAUCAUCGUCCUGUAGAGCUUAUUCAACAUACACCCAAGAGAGAUAAGGGUCCUCAAAUGACACCUACGCCUCGUAUCAUUCGUCCAGGUGGCUAUUUAGGUUUUAAUACGGUUGGAUCUAGUCAAUCGAUUGUCGUCUUUGAGAGACUUCAGUUUAAGACAGCUACGGCCAAUAAUGGUAAACGAAGAGCUGCACAACAAUAUUAUGUGAUCGUCAUUGAGCUUUUAGCAAAGUUAAAGCAUGGAGGUAAUUUAAUAGUCGUUGCUACGAGAGAAUCACCUCCUUUGGUUGUCCGUGGCAGAAGUCCUGGUCAUUAUGCAGAAAAUAAAGUCACUCAUCGACGUAAAUUACAAUGGCAAGAUAAUAAGGAUGAAAUAAUACCACCUAUUGCAAAGAAGAAACGUCAUGACGAUCAUAAAAAAGUAAUGGAAAUAACGCAUGAAGAAGAAAGUGCUUUUGAUAAUCGACCUACUCUAAUUCAGCCUUCAUUACCACCACCACUAAAUGAAGACUAUCACUCUUCUUCUUCUUCCGCUGCUACUACUUAUAAUAACUAUUAUUAUUAUCAACAUCAAUAUUAUCCUUCUCAUCAUACAUUACCACAGCCUUCUUCUACCAUGUCUUAUUACCCUCCUUCUCUAUACCGUCCAUCUGUUCUAAUGCAGCAACAUGAACGUCAUCAUCAUCAUCAUUCAUCAACAUACCCUCCUAUUUCUGAUAUGAUGAAAAAGGAAAAUAAUCUAAAUCAACAGCAACAACAGCAUGUAUUAAAUGAACAACAUUCUUAUUAUUGGAAUCAAGAAGAUAGAGAUAAAGAUAGACAACCUAAUUGGCAACAACAAGGUACUAAUCCUAUGCACUAUUCUCAAAAUUAUUAUGAACAACAAUCUCCUUAUUAUCAACAAAGGUAA